GGACAGAAGCUUCUGGGCUGGUACAGUCAUUGCCUCGGAGAACCUCCAACCUCUUUGGUCACUUUCUCUGCUUCUCUCUGUUGCAUAACUUGGGAGUCUUUAUUUCCGAAUAGGAAUAACUUCAAGACCAUCAACGAAUAGGCUGUCUUGUGACUUGAAUGCUGACCUAUUCCUGUUUAUUUAGAGAAGGUUUAUUACUGGAGUGACAACUUACCUUCACGUGAAAGCUUCUAAAAACGAAGGGAAGACGUUUUUCAAGAACGAAAASGGAAAGAGAAACCGGAGCCAGUUUUGGAUGCUACCCCUCGCCGGGAUGCAGACUCGCCGCGCGCUGAGUUCCUUAUUGUGCGUGAUGAGCUGCGCGUGGCUGCACUCUGGACUGGCCUCACGGCUGAAGUCUCCCGUUCUGCCCAUCCAUUCGGAGAGGGAACCUUUACCAUCCAAGGGCAUGUCAGGAUGUUCAUUCGGAGGAAGAUUCUAUUCUCUGGAGGACACUUGGCACCCUGACCUCGGUGAGCCGUUUGGAGUCAUGCACUGUGUCCAAUGUUACUGCGAGACACAAAGGGGUCGUAAGAGUAAGGUGUUGGGGAAGGUAAGCUGUAAGAACGUCAAGCAGGACUGUCCUGAGCCUAGCUGUGAUGACCCAGUGCUGCUACCUGGACAAUGCUGCAAGACCUGCCCCAAAGGCGAGGUGGACAGGAAGCAGGCGGAGGCGGUGUUUGAUGGCUUCGAGUACUUCCAGGAGAAGGAGAAAGAGGAUGACCUGCACAAGUCCUACAAUGACCGCUCAUACCUCAGCUCUGAGGACAUUUCCUCUGGGGAGAGCCGCACUGACUUUGUAGCAGUGUUGACGGGAGUGACAGGCUCCUGGUUACCCAGCUCCAGUGGUGUGGCCCGGGCACGCUUCUCUCUCACUAGAACCAGCCUGACCUUCUCCAUCACCUACCAGAGGAUCGGGCGACCAAGCAGGGUUGUCUUCCUUGAUUCAGAUGGAAACACUGCGUUUGAGUACAAGACCCCUAAGGGAGACUCAGACAUGAGACGUUCAGCUCCACUCUGACCUCAGAAAAAGAGCAUUCUGGGAUGGGAGGCAURGCCAUGCUGACUCUGAGUGACACAGAGAACAACCUUCACUUCAUCCUCAUACUGCAGGGACUGAUACAACACAGACAGAGAGACUCCCCCCUGGUGCCCAUCCGGGUACGACUGCAGUACAGCCAACAUGUCCUGAGAGAGAUCCAUGCCAACGUCACCGCCUAUGACCCAGACUUUGCUGAGGUACUGACAGACCUGAACAGUCGGGAGCUCUUCUGGUUAUCAAGGGGCCAGCUGGUGAUCGCCGUGGAAACUGAGGGCCCGGAUCCCAGACACAUCUCCGGCUUCAUCACCGGCAGGAAGUCAUGUGACACCAUCCAGAGUGUCAUGUCCAGUGGUGAUGCAUUGACAGCAGGGAAGACAGGCGGUGUGGGAUCAGCAUUCUUUCAUCUCCAUGAUAACGGCACCCUGGACUACCAGGUCCAGAUAGCGGGGUUAUCCAGUGAAGUGGUGGGUCUGACCAUCGAGCUAAAGCCUCGGCGGCGCAGUAAGCGGUCCGUGCUGUAUGACCUAGCUCCAGAGUUCGACAGGCCCAGCGGGCGGGCGACGGGAAGCUGGAGUCGUCUGGAGGCGCGUCACAUCCACAUGCUGCUGCAGAACGAACUGUUCAUCAACGUGGCUACCGCACACAGCCAGGAGGGGGAGCUACGCGGACAGAUCAGAGGCCUGCUCUACAGCGGCCUGGAGGCACCCAGACAUGAGAUCCCUGUCCCUCUGGCAGGCCAGUUUGUGGCCCCUCCAGUCCUGACCAGUGCUGGGGGCCAUGCCUGGGUGUCUGUGGACGAGCGCUGUCACCUCCAUUAUGAGAUCGUGGUGGCAGGCCUCAGCAAAGCUGAUGACCUCACAGUCCAUGUGCCUAACAACUGUGAGUUUGGGACAAGGGGUGAGGUGGAGGUGGCGGAGUUUGAUGACCUGUUUGUGCGUGAUCCUGAGGAACUAAAGAAAGACCCCCACACCUGUUUCUUUGAGAGUCAACACCACGCCCACGGCUCAUUCUGGACCCCCAACUACAACAACUGUUUCACCUGCAGCUGUCAGAAGCGCACAGUGAUCUGUGACCCGGUCAUCUGUCCAGUCCUCACCUGUUCUCGCACCAUCCAGCCUGAGGACAAGUGCUGCCCCGUGUGUCUCGAGAGGAAAGAGCCCAAGAACAUGAAGACUCCAGAGAGGCUAGACGAGCAUCCAGAAGGUUGUUACUUUGAGGGGGACCAGAAGAUGCAUGCUCCUGGGUCUACAUGGCAUCCAUUCGUCCCUCCAUUUGGCUACAUCAAGUGUGCCCUCUGCACCUGCAAGGGAGCGACAGGCGAGGUGCACUGUGAGAAGGUGACGUGUCCAGCCCUGACCUGCAGUCGUCCGGCACGCCGUAGCCCCUCAGACUGCUGUAAGGAAUGUCCGGAGGAAGACAACCCCCCCCUGGAGCACGCUGACAUGAUGCAGGCAGAUGGGACAAGUCACUGCAAGUUUGGGAAGAACUUCUACCAGAACAGUGACAACUGGCACCCCCGUGUGCCCCUGAUGGGAGAGAUGAAGUGCAUCACCUGCUGGUGUGACCAUGGUGUGACUAAGUGUCAGAGGAAACAGUGUCCAGUCCUGACCUGUAGUAACAUCACCCGCCGGGAGGGCAUGUGCUGUUCUGAGUGCCAAGAUUCCAAAGAGGAAGAGGAGGAGCUGAUGAAAGUUCCGGAAAAGAAGAACAGCUGGAGACACUGAGCUGAGACCGCCUCUCCACCCGCAUCCCCCCUUCUACCUUCUCCUCACCCCCACCAUGACCCCCCUCCCCUCGCUCUCUACCUACCCCCUCAUGGGGAGACCUAGACCUGCACACUGGGUCAGCUAACACCCCCUAAAAUCAAGACCCCUAUAACCCUCCAGCCCCAACCCACAAACCCCCUGUCCACUCCCACCCCUUAGUCAACCUCUGGAUUGUAACGAAGGAAGGAAAGGACAGAGGAAAAGGAAAGAGUAGUAUUUGAGGUUGUCAUG